AUGGGUAUCCCUACGACCCCACUAGAAGCAGCGCCCGCAUACGAAGAAGUGUUCAACGAUCAUCCCGUGAAUCGGCACGCACCCUCUGGAUCAGCUUCAGCUUACACAACUAUACCCCAAACCGACGACCACGACAUCGAACUCCACGCUCGACAACACAACCACACACAUGCCUCCACUACAACACCCGUCACCUCGUCUUCCCCGGAGACUUUAGCACAAACAAUCACUAAUUUCCUACGACCGAAUCCUGAGCCACACAUGCAUUGCGAGGUAUGCGACAACCAAGUGCAAACUGAGGCGAGGCGGAGGCGGGAGAGUGAGAAGUAUUGUUGUACCAUGGUUGCAGCGACAUUUGUGACAUUGUUUAUCUGUGGCAUGUUGUUGGGUGUCGUGAUUGUUACUAUGGCGGCGAAGAGAAGGAGGUCUGAGGAUUAA